AUGCUUCUCUGGCUGUGGCUUCUUGAUUCAAGGUGGCUUUGGAAUAUCCCUUACCCUAAGAGGCCAUCUCAUGUCUGUACUUCUAACUCUUAUGUAUCUGAAAAAGCGCUAACUAGAGUCAGAGAAGGUAGAUUAAUCGAUAGCUAACAUUAAUUCUAGAUUAUGGAUGAGGGACUUGAGAUUGAUGAACAUCACUUUAUGAUAGGGCAUUAUUGGAGACGCAGAGAUGCUUUGUAUUCAAGCAUUGGCAAGAUAACAAUAUCAUUUAAUGCCUGCCUUUUUGUCUAUGCCCUGGUACUACUCUACUAGAUUACUGUUUUGGACAUUGUGAAUGAAAUUAGCAAGUUUUUGAUUUUCCAUGCUGUAAUUGAAGUUGCUACAUACACCUAUAUAUUUGCGAUUCUAAGCUUAUUUGUGACUUCGAAAGGACUUUCAUAUAUUCUAUUCAAGAUAGCCCCCUGGCUACUAAUCAAAUGGAAGAGAUGGGGAGAAAGAAAACAUAAAAUGAUCAGAAACCCCAGAUACUGA